GCCGGCGGGCUGGAGCCAGCGCCAUUUUGUGGUGUUCCUGGGCGCGGUUGUUGGAGGUAGUGUGGUAGUGCCAACGUAAUUUGUCUGUGUUCUGAACGCUCAGGUCGGAACCAUUCGAUACGAUGGCACAGGAGGACGGUAAUCAGCACCGAGAUGUUUUCAGUGCUGGAGAUGAGUGCGGCUCCGGGCCUUGUUCCCCGGGCUUUUCUUCCGAAAUCUUUACCAACUUGGAGCCAGCAGUUGAAGAGAAAGAGCCUGAGAUUCCUGCAAAAGAGGAGGAUUAUGUUGUCAGAGUCCGUGGCCUGCCGUGGUCGUGUACACCAGAAGAAGUGGCGCGGUUUUUCUCGGAAUGUGAUAUUCGAAACGGAGUGAAUGGAGUGCAGUUUACCACCUCCAAAGAGGGCCGUCCAAGUGGUGAAGCAUAUGUACAUCUGCGUAAUGCUGAAGACUUCAAAAAGGCUUUGGCAAAAGAUCGGAAGUAUAUGGGCCACAGAUAUAUCGAAGUUUUCAAAUCUAAUGGCAGUGAGAUGGAUUGGGUUCUGAAACAUAGUGGUACCAGCCAUCCUGAUACUUCCAACGAUGGUACAGUACGACUCCGUGGGCUUCCGUUUGGCUGCAGCAAAGAGGAAAUUGUUCAGUUUUUCACAGGGUUGGAAAUCGUGCCAAAUGGGAUAACUUUGCCGAUGGACUACCAGGGGAGAAGCACAGGGGAGGCCUUCGUGCAGUUUGCUUCAAAGGAGAUAGCAGAAAAAGCACUGGGGAAACACAAGGAAAGAAUAGGGCACAGGUAUAUUGAGAUCUUUAAAAGCAGCAGAGGUGAGGUCAGAGCGUACUAUGAUCCACCAAAGAGGCUGAUGGGACAGAGACCAGGUCCCUAUGACCGGCCAAUGGGGCGAGGUGGCUAUUUUGGCGCUGGUCCCCAGCGAGGGGGUGUUUAUGACCGAAUGCGACGUGGAGCUGGAGGAUACGGUGGUGGGUAUGGUGGGUAUGAUGAUUACAAUGGUUAUGACAACUAUGGCUACGGCAACGAUGAGUACGAUUGUCCUGGGGCAAUGAGAGGCAGCAGAGGUAUGAGUAACCAUGGAUAUGGUGGGGCUGGAGAUGCCAGCUCAGGCUACAUGAGUGGACAUUUCGUACACAUGCGGGGCCUGCCAUUCCGGGCAAGGGAGGAUGAUGUUGCUCAUUUCUUUUCUCCCUUGAAUCCUCUACGUAUUCACCUGGAAUAUGGAAGUGAUGGUCGAGCUACAGGGGAGGCUGAUGUUGAAUUUGCAACACAUGAGGAUGCAGUCGCAGCCAUGUCUAAGGAUAAAGCUCACAUGCAGCAUCGAUACAUUGAGCUGUUCUUAAACUCCACUGCGGGAGGAGGAUCUGGCUAUGGCAGUAACUAUGGAGGCCAUGCAAUGGGGAACCAGGGAGGCUAUGGGAGCUCAGGGAACCAUGGGAUGUCUGGUUACGCUGGUUAUGGUGGCCAGAGCAAUAUGGGCUCUUAUGGUCGUCACGGUGGAAACAGCAAUGGUGCUGGGGCAUACUACGGCAACUCUGGAGGCAUGGGAAUGGGGAGUAACAUGGGAGGAAUGGGGAGCAUGGGAGGGAGUGGAGCCUGGCGGAUGUAUCAGUAAUUCUACAGUCCCAAAGUGACUGGCCACUUGUAGACAUUUUGUUUUCAUAUUCUGCAGGACGUACUGUUCUGAGUCAAUAAUAUCCCUGCUCUGUUGCUAUAAUGGGAUCUGUACACAAUAGUUUGAGUUUGUGAUAAUGUUCCUUCAGAUUUUGAUUUCAUUUUUGGCUUCAAUUUCCUUUUUAGUGUAAGAAAAUUCUCAUUAAUAUUAAAGUGUAAUAAAAGUUUUAAAAACAUAUGAAAUGGUUCUGUGGUUUGCAGGUCCUGAGCCUAUGUUUGAGGUUUUAAAAUAUUAAAAAUGUAAUGUCACUGUGUAUAAAACAUGAGUUUCUACUGUAUGAAUGUCCUGGUUAAGCUGCUGUCAAAUUCACCACUGAUCUAUUUUUAAUUCCAAAAAAGCUAAUGCUUGCACAUGUUCCUUUUGUUUGCAGACAGAUCCUGGACUAUGAAUAUCUAGCCAGCAAGCAUAAGCAAACUAUGUUGUGAGCCUGACUUGUUUAAAUUGGUUACUAGUAUAAUUUUUGGCACACCUGAAUUGCUUAAGUGUCCAAUCGCUGAGUCGUAUCUAAUGUUGGACAUUGUUCUAAAAUUUGCAAGUGUAGUUAAAGUGAUGUGCUGUUUGAUAAAAUCACUGGAACACAA